AUGGCCAUCAAAGCUGUCAUCUUUGACAUGUAAGCAGCCUCUUUCCCAUUUCGCCCUCUUCCACUCCAAUUCAUUCCCAAACUGACCGCCGCCCCACACGCUCCUCUAUCCUCUAUCCUUCCCUAGCGGCGGUGUCGUCCUCGGUUCCCCGAUCGUUGGCGUAGGGGAGGCCGAAAAGCUCUUCGACCUUCCUCACCACUACAUCAACGCACACAUCACCUAUCUAGGGGAAGAAGGUGCUUUCCAGCGCUUGGAGAGGGGGGAGUUGGCCUUACCGGAUUUCGAGAAGCAGUUCGGGGAGGAGAUGAGUAAUGUCGAAACGGGGAAUAAGGCUUAUAAGCUGUAUUGCCGGAAGAUGAAUUUGGGUCAGUUGUAUUCGGGGAAGGUUCUGGAGAUGGGGAGAUGGGAGCUGAUUCGCAGUUGUUGCUUUGCUUUCAUUCUUCGACUGCGUGUCGUUCUCCGCGGUUGUGUUUGCUCGCUCGAUCCCGAACCCGACCUCCGGCUUCAAGACGUGCCCGAGUUGCCGACCAAGUUGAACAUUGAUGGCAGUCAGGUGAGUCGGCGCGCGGAUAGCGAUGCAAGCUGCUCCUAUAAUGCACUUUUGAUCGAAUACGAAAUACUCACAGGGUUGAUCUUCAUGCCCACCAGUUGUGGUCAUUGAUGAUGGGACCCGCGCUCGAACCGGAUCCGAUCAUGCUCGACGCGAUCAACGCUCUCCGAGGUCAGUCGUCUGCCAUACGGAGAGCCGAUUUUGCGCCUACGUAUCGCGCCUUCACAAAGCUAGAAGGCCACCACUAACCCUCUUCCCGUGCUUCCCUGAAGCCUCGAGGAAAUUCAAACUCGCCGCCUUGACGAACAACUUCGCCGUACCCGGCGAAGCGCCGACCCCUUCGAAAAUCGAUACUCUCCCUCACGACCGCCUCUUGACGCACGACGAACUGAGACAAUCGAUCCUCGACGCCGCUGUGAACCCGAGUAAAAAGGGGAGUUCGAGUAGCUUGCUCAAGAGACAAUUCGACGUCUUUGUGGAGAGUGCUGUGGAAGGGUCUAGGUCGGUUUCUCACCAUUCGUGCAGAAGAGGCGGAAAUCCCGGCUCAUAGUUUUCUUUCACGGGCGCUUCGGUGAUUCAGGAAACCGGAUCCCAAGUUCUACCAGAUCGCUCUGGAUCGAUUAGGCGUCAAAGCAGAAGAGGCAGUCUUUUUGGAUGAUAUCGGACGGUACGUACGGGUAGACCCUUGGUGAACCGUGAAGGCCCUUCCAGAGCUGACCUGUUUGGACCCCUGGACUAAAACAGGAACCUCGUCGCCGCGAAGAAGAUGGGGAUCCAGACCAUCCGUACAUCGAAAGAUAUGUGGCGUGCGCUUAUUCGUUCUACGUUUCUGACCCCAUGUCUCCUCCACAGGUGUCCACCCCAGCCGAUCGAUCGAAGCUGUUCGCGAGUUGGAGAAGCUCGUCGAGAUCCCUUUGCAGGGCAAGGCACAGGCCAAGUUGUAG